AACUACUAAUUUCAUUCGCUCACUCAUUCACUGUCCGGCCGGUUUACGCCUCCACUGUGCUGCAACUCCAACUUGGCAGCUCCAAAAGUUCGAGUUCACCGCUCGCUUGUACGUGAAAUAUAUUUGCGUGAUAAAAAGGCUACGGUGCCAAUUAUUCAUUUAAGAAAUGGCCGGUAAUAGUAGAAAAUUAUUCAAAUGUUUAACUGAAGUUAACAUGUUUACGUCAAGAAAUUAUGGCACAGCCAAGAGAGUGGUGGCUAAGAACCCAGUGGUUGAAAUGGAUGGUGAUGAGAUGACCCGCAUCAUUUGGUCCAUGAUCAAAGAGAAGCUUAUAUUCCCUUAUGUUAAGUUGGAUUGCUUGUACUACGACCUGGGCCUGCCUCACCGUGACGCCACAGACGACCAGGUCACUAUUGACGCAGCACACGCGAUCCUCAAGCACAAUGUGGGCAUCAAGUGCGCCACCAUCACUCCCGACGAACAAAGAGUUGAAGAAUUCAAGCUCAAGAAGAUGUGGCUGAGUCCUAACGGGACCAUUCGUAACAUUCUCGGCGGCACUGUGUUCCGUGAGCCUAUACUUUGUAAGAGCAUUCCCCGAGUCGUGCCCGGAUGGACAAAAGCGAUGGUUAUUGGGCGUCACGCACACGGAGACCAGUAUAAAGCACAAGAUUUAGUCAUACCCAAAGCUGGCAAGGUGGAGUUAGUGUACACAGCAGCCGAUGGUUCAGUGGAGAGGCGACCACUGUAUGACUUCAAAGGACCCGGUGUUGCCAUGGCUAUGUACAAUACGGACGAAUCCAUCCGUGCUUUCGCGCAUUCUAGUUUCCAGGUGGCACUGCAGAAGAAAUGGCCUUUAUAUUUGUCGACUAAGAACACCAUUCUCAAGAAGUACGACGGGCGUUUCAAGGACAUUUUCGAAGAAAUUUAUCAAAGUGAUUACAAGAAGCAGUUCGAAGAUGCAAAGAUAUGGUAUGAGCACCGGCUGAUCGACGACAUGGUGGCGCAGGCUAUCAAGGGCUCGGGCGGCUUCGUGUGGGCCUGCAAGAACUAUGACGGCGACGUGCAAUCUGACGUAGUAGCUCAGGGCUACGGGUCGCUGGGUAUGAUGACGUCAGUGCUGAUGUGCCCGGACGGGCGCACGGUGGAGUCGGAGGCGGCGCACGGCACGGUGACGCGCCACUACCGCAUGCACCAGCAGGGCAAGCCCACCUCCACCAACCCUGUCGCCUCCAUCUACGCGUGGACCAGGGGCCUGAUUCAUCGCGCUAAGCUCGACAAUACGCCUGAUCUCGAGCGGUUCGCACUCGCACUCGAAGACGCGUGCGUCGAAUGCAUCGAUAGCGGCAAAAUGACCAAGGACUUGGUGAUCUGCAUCCAUGGCCUGAAGAACACCAAGGAGGGCAUGUACUUACACACCGAGGACUUCCUCCUCGCCAUCGCUGAUCAACUCGAGCGUAAACUAACUGCCAAAUAAACUAGCACAGAUCAUUUUCUGUUUUAGCGCUAAACGAGAUUAUUUUUUUAAAUAGCAUUGUAAUUUACUGCUGGUCAGCCAACAUCACUACUUACUUCCAUUAAGUCAAUUGUAAUUAAUUUUCUAAAACAAAAGAUGUUUUUUUGAAGUCGGUUGAUAAGUGAAAAAUAUCUUUAGAACUUCAAGGGAAUUAAUGGGGCUUCCAAAUGUUGUUCUGUCCUGCAAAUUGUUAUUAUGUUUUCAAGGCUUCAAUUUGUUUCAGUUUUUAUUUUAUACAUAUUUUCAAUAUUCGGUAUUAUGAAGCAUAGAUUAAAGUAUAUAAUUUUACAU